AAGGAUUUGAGUCACAUCGAACGCGCAAUCUAAGGUCAGUCCAGAUGGCUUUUAUGUCCAGACUGUCUCGGUCGAGGAGUAAUUCCAGGUCUCCCAGCAGAAGGGACACAGAGAAGGGAUGUCCUGUACUAACUGUUGCAGAACUUGAGCGUCUGCUGUACACUGGAAAAACAGCCUGUAAUCACGCAGAUGAAGUGUGGCCAAGACUCUACAUAGGUGACCAAGAAAUCGCCUCUAACCGCAAAGAACUUGUAAAGCUGGGGAUCACGCACAUCCUGAACUGUGCACAGAGCAAAUGGAGAGGAGGUGCAGAGCAUUACACUGGCAUGAACAUCACGUAUCAUGGCAUUGAAGCACACGACUCGCCCUCUUUUGACAUGAGUAUCAACUUCUACCCAGCGGCCGAGUUCAUUCACAGAGCACUCAGCACAGGAGGAAAGGUACUUGUGCACUGUGCCGUUGGCGUAAGUCGAUCCGCCACACUUGUGCUGGCUUACCUCAUGAUCCGCCAGAACAUGACUUUAGUGGAGGCCAUCAAGACUGUGAAGGAUCACCGUGGAGUCACUCCGAACCGUGGGUUCCUACGGCAGCUCAGCGGUCUGGACAGCAUACUGCGCGCCAGCCGCAAUGCAACAUAAAGCCACCGGUAGCACUAAAACU